GGCGCCGCUUUUAUCUUUUUUUUUUUUUUCUGUUGACGCCACGACGGUUCCGAGAAUCAAGAGUUAUCAGCAGCGGCGGCCACCGUGCGAAGGCGUUAUCACGGUUGAACCCAUUGAACUUCCUGAUCAAUCGCUAAAUUUUCUACCGGUUCAUUUUCACUUUUUCAAUUAUGCUUCUCUGCUCAGCACUCAUUUCAUUUUCGAGUUUUUACAUCAACCAAAACCCUAACCCUAGCAAUGGCGAUGGAUGCAUCCGCACCGAACAAUCUCGACGACUACUCACCUUCUUCCACCGUAAUCAAAUUCGACCGCCCCAUUUCCUUACUCCGAGGACCGUUACCGGCGGGUCCUUCCGACGACCCAUCGGCGGGUCCCUACGUUCUGGCCUUCAGAGAUUCGCGAGCUUGGGCUUCUUCAUUCAUAGUCUGCGAGCGCAAAAUCGUUGCACAGUGUGAGGAUGGUGCGAGGAUCGGUUGCGCUGUUAGCGCUUCCAGAAAGUGUAAGCCUCCUUGGUGGAAGGCUGUGGUGGGUCCCAAACUCUCCGAUCUGAAGGAGAGAGAACUUUGUGAAGCGCGUGAGAUGGCGGAGUGUUUCGCCGCGGCGAAGGAGAAGUGUGUUGGCUUCGCCAGGGAUAAGUGUUUGCUUCCCUUUAGGGAUGCGCGGAUUAAGGUUUGGAAAGGGGUUUUGAAUUUGAAUUCCAAGGAUGCUGUGAGAUUGAUUGGUUGGGCAUUGGUGCCUGACAGUGAGAGGAACUUGUGGUUGAUGAGUCAAAUGGGUUCUAUGUGUCUGAAUGGUUGGAAUUUCGGAGGGACCAAUUGCCGGGCUAGUGAAUUGCUGGGUUCUGAUGAGUGUGUGCAAUGCAUUUUAGGGGAACGGCAACAAUGCAGAAAAAAUCAACCAUAGUUUUGUCACCUAUUACCGGAGAAGUUAUCAGAAUUGUCAUCUCAUUGAGCUUGCUGAAUCAAGUAUCCAGGUUUUACUUACUCUAAUUUUUGAAUUAUGAUCUGACUAUCUUUUUAUUAGUAAGUUACAUAAGGUCUCUGUUUGUUUAGGGGCAUCAUAACUUAAAAAAUGCACUAUAGUCUCAUCUAUUUAAACAUUACAUAAGGUAAAAAGUACACACAAGUUGUGCUGGAGUCUAAUUGAAUUGAAUCUCAAAAUUAUCCACUAAGUAAUUCCUUUUUACCAUGCUUUAUUAUUUUUCUGUUUGCCUACUUCUUACUUUGCUAUACAAGAGCCUGACCUCUAUGUAUUUGUAUUCUUUUUUAUAUAUGUAUAUUUUUGGGU